GAUCUCUUUGGAUCCCUGUCUAAUAGAUCCAUGUUUCUGAACUCUUCCUUGUAACCUUCACAAGCAGCCAAAAUGAAGUUGAAGCAUAACAUCAACCCUGUUCUUCUACAGUUUAUAAACUUUAUAAUCUUGGUGUACUCCUUUGUGACGUACAUUCCGUGGUACAUAUUUUCAGGAUCAAGGCAGGCUAUAGCAAAAGCCAAGCAGGUUAAAGCUAGACCUGUGAAUAACAAGCCUGGGGGUGCAUACAGAUCUGUUAACAGUAUACAUUGCUUAGCUUCAGUUUUAUAUCCUGGGUGUGAUACACUCGACAAAGUUUUUAAAUAUGCUAAAACUAAAUAUAAGGACAAAAAACUCUUGGGAACACGUGAAAUCCUAAAAGAGGAAGAUGAAAUCCAGCCAUCAGGAAAAGUUUUUAAAAAGGUCAUCCUUGGCAAGUACACCUGGCUUUCAUAUGAAGAUGUAUACAUUAAAGCUGUUAAUUUUGGAAACGGCUUAGCAGUGUUGGGUCAGCAACCAAAGACUAACAUUGCUAUCUUUUGUGAGACUAGAGCUGAGUGGAUGAUUGCAGCACAGGCCUGCUUUAUGUGCAACUACCAGCGCUUAGCCUGA